GGGCUUGGUCUGCCUCUUUUUGCCGCGCUGCCGCUGGACUCCUCUUCGGGUUUCCGCCUGGCGCGCUUCCUUUCUCUCUCGCCCUCUCUCCUGCGCGUGCCAGCCGGCUGAGGUAGUCCAGUGUGCUUUGCGCGCGAGAGAGAGAGGAUUACGCGGCGGGAGGGGGCCUCGCGCGCACUCUUCUCCUCUCCUCCUCCGGGGUCGGACGGGGCUCGGGCGCUUCACCACCAUGGCCGAUUACCUGAUAAGUGGCGGCACUGGCUACGUUCCAGACGACGGGCUGACGGCACAGCAGAUGCUCAACUGCGGAGACGGGCUCACGUACAAUGACUUCCUUAUACUCCCUGGCUACAUAGACUUCACUGCAGACCAAGUGGACCUGACUUCUGCUCUGACCAAGAAGAUAACUUUGAAGACUCCGUUGGUAUCCUCCCCUAUGGACACUGUAACAGAGGCCAGCAUGGCCAUUGCGAUGGCGCUCACAGGUGGGAUCGGAUUCAUUCACCAUAACUGCACCCCAGAAUUCCAGGCCAAUGAAGUACGAAAAGUUAAGAAAUACGAACAAGGAUUCAUCACAGACCCUGUAGUUCUGAGCCCCAAAGACAGAGUCCGAGACGUCUUCGAAGCGAAAGCCAGACAUGGGUUCUGCGGUAUCCCCAUCACAGACAAUGGGAAGAUGGGCAGCCGGCUGGUGGGGAUUAUCUCAUCCCGAGACAUUGACUUCCUGAAGGAGGAAGAGCACGACUUGCCUCUCAGUGAGAUCAUGACCAAGCGAGAAGACCUCGUUGUAGCGCCCGCAGGAGUUACGUUAAAGGAAGCCAAUGAAAUUCUACAGAGGAGUAAAAAAGGCAAGUUGCCCAUCGUUAAUGAACAGGACGAGUUGGUGGCCAUAAUUGCUCGCACAGAUCUGAAGAAAAAUCGGGACUAUCCCCUGGCAUCCAAAGACACCAAGAAACAGCUGCUCUGUGGGGCUGCCAUUGGGACCCACGAAGAUGAUAAAUACCGUCUCGACCUCCUUGUGCAAGCUGGUGUGGAUGUUGUUGUGUUGGAUUCUUCCCAAGGGAACUCCAUUUUCCAGAUCAACAUGAUCAAAUACAUCAAAGAGAAAUACCCCAACCUGCAGGUCAUUGGAGGCAACGUGGUGACAGCAGCUCAGGCGAAGAACUUGAUUGACGCCGGGGUGGAUGCCUUGAGAGUUGGCAUGGGCAGCGGGUCCAUCUGCAUCACACAGGAAGCUGCUCCAAAGAUCCCUCCAGACCUAAAGUCCCACAGCCCCAAAUGCCCUUCCACAGUUACUGGCACCUAUAUCUUGGCAUGUGGGAGGCCUCAGGCCACGGCAGUGUACAAAGUGUCUGAAUACGCCCGGAGGUUUGGCGUGCCGGUGAUAGCAGAUGGUGGCAUCCAGAACGUCGGCCACAUUGCCAAGGCCCUGGCACUUGGUGCUUCCACAGUGAUGAUGGGGUCCCUGCUGGCCGCCACCACAGAGGCUCCGGGGGAGUAUUUCUUCUCUGACGGGAUCCGACUGAAAAAAUACCGGGGCAUGGGGUCACUUGACGCCAUGGACAAAAACCUUGGUAGUCAGAACAGAUACUUCAGUGAGACAGAUAAAAUUAAAGUGGCACAGGGGGUUUCUGGUGCCGUGCAGGACAAGGGCUCCAUCCACAAGUUCGUGCCAUACCUGAUUGCUGGCAUCCAGCACUCCUGCCAAGAUAUUGGUGCCAAGAGCGUCACCCAAGUUAGGGCCAUGAUGUAUUCAGGAGAGCUGAAAUUUGAAAAGAGGACGACGUCUGCCCAGAUGGAAGGAGGAGUUCACGGUCUCCACUCAUACGAGAAACGCCUUUUCUGAUGAAGGUCCCCCUUUGCCUUUCCACAGCCUCUUUGCCCUGAGGGGUGCCUGUGCUGCCCUCCUCAUGAACUGCUCCCUUCAUGGAAGUGCCAUUUUGCUACAAGGGCUGGGGCUGCUAGUUGCUCCCCCCCCCCCCCCCCCCCCCCACAAUUGGUUCAUCAGCUAUUUUGACCAAGGCUGAGGAGAAUGCAUCAGCCUAUUCCAGAGGAAAUGCUGUCACUUGAACGAGGCUCUUGAGAGGGGCCCUGUAUGUGUGUUGACGUGUGUUUUUACAAUAAAACAGAGGAGAAGGGAGCGUUUUCCACCUUCUUCCUGAUGAAAUGUG